AUCGGCUCGGAACUUCGGAGGUAGAAAUAUAUAUAAACUUUUGGCGAUGCUGAAACCCAAAUACUAGGAAUUCUCUUUUUGAAUCUACUGGUAUAGUUAAGAUUCAGUUCAAUUGUCUUUUUCCUCAAUUGCCAUCAUGUCGGAACCUACCGAAGCAGAAUCACGGCGUCAUCCCGCUCAUAAAGUCUUUGAAGAACUUGGUCUUGUUUCACUCUAUCGCUCGACCAAAGAUGUCAAGAUCCUCUGCGCACAGAGAUUCAUUCGUCUUUUCGCAUACGGCGGGUCGACUCUCGUCCUUGUCGCCUAUUUGCGGGAGCUUGGUAUAUCGACAACUCGAGUUGGCUUGUUCAUGACCUUGACCUUGGUUGGUGAUAUCGUCAUCAGCUUCCUGCUUGCGCUGUUUGCUGAUGGCGUUGGUCGACGCGCGGUCUUGGCGUUGGGAGCAAUCUUGAUGACUGCAAGUGGAAUUGUAUUUGCUACCUCUGGCAAUUACUGGAUCUUGCUUGCUGCUGCAAUCUUGGGCGUCAUCAGUCCUGGUGGCAACGAAAUUGGACCUUUCCGUGGUGUUGAGGAGAGCAUCAUUGCUCACCUCACUGAUGCAGCUAGACGAGGCGAUGUAUAUGCUUGGUACAGUCUCUCUGGUACGGCUGGUGGCGCCUUUGGUCUCUUGACCUGCGGUUGGAUUAUUCACCAUAUGCGCGUCAACCUCGGCAUGGAUGUCGUUGAAGUGUAUCGCAACGUAUUCUAUGGGUACUCUGCGAUGGGCGUGCUGAAGUUGAUCUCGGCCAUCAUCUUGAGCGCCGCAGUCGAAGUUCACCACGAGCCUGGCCAAGAAACGCCAGCGGACAACGGCGAACAAGCGCCUCUGCUUCCCGACAACACUCAAGCUCAAAACGCGGAUCAGACCCAGUCUAAGAAGCAACUUCGAGCUCGCAUUUCUCGAGAGAGUAUCCCGACUGUCGUGACCCUUUGUACUCUGUUGGCCUUGGAUAGCUUUGCUUCAGGACUCGCUCCUCUCUCAUGGAUCACUUUCUACUUCAAAUCUUACUAUCAUAUCGAAGAAGGGAAGCUAGGAUCUAUCUUUUUCACCACAAGCAUCAUCGCCGCUGCAUCAAUGCUGGUAGCGUCUUCCCUUGCCAAGCGAUUCGGCAAUGUUCGAACAAUGGUCUUUACUCACCUUCCAUCUGCGGUCUUCUUGGCCCUGGUCCCCAUCCCCAACGAUGUUCACCUGUCAGUUCUCUUCCUCAUUCUACGAUCUUGCACUCAGUCAAUGGAUGUUGCACCCCGCUCAGCAUUCCUCGCCGCUAUAAUCAAACCAAAGGAGCGAACCGUCGUCAUUGGUCUUAUCAACGUAGCGAAGACGACAUCUCAGAGCCUUGGACCACUCAUCACAGGACUGCUCGCGGAUUCGAACUAUUUCUGGGUCUCCUUCAUCAUGGCUGGAUCUCUCAAGGUUUGCUAUGACCUGGGAUUCUUGGGUCUCUUCAAGCAUCACGAACACGUGGAAGCAAAGAGACACCACGAGGAAGAAGGAAGCCAGUGAUUUACAAGCUUGGCACUCUGUAUUUUGAUCGGAUCGAGAAAGAAAUAGAAUUAGGU